AUGCCAGUGAGUGAUGCGCGCGUGGCCGCUGCCCUCGAUGCCGCUGCCGCCUUAGAGCCCCAAGGAGCCCCCGAGGAGGCCGAAGGAGGCCCCUCCCAGCCACCUGUGCUCGACGGGGCCUCUAGGGAGGAUGUGGACCCCCUCAUCCUGGAGUGUGGGGCUCUAGGGCACGAUGUGUUCCGUGUUAAUUCAAUGUAUUGCUGCCGUCGUUGUGCAGGGCAUUGUUCAGUGUUGCAGGUUAAUAGUCUCAGGAAGCUGAAGCGUGAGUGUGUAGGCCUCUCUGACAACCUCAGCACUCGGAGGAACCAGCUCAGGGCGAUCGACAGGAUCAGCCGUGGGCUCGAGCCACGUCAGCGAGGAGGGGACCCCGAGCCCCCGCCGUAG